AUGAGAGAGAUCUUGCACGUCCAGGGAGGCCAAUGCGGCAACCAAAUUGGUUCCAAAUUCUGGGAGGUCAUCUGCGACGAACACGGCAUAGAUCCCACCGGAAAGUAUAACGGUCUUGGAAACUCCGAUAUCCAACUCGAGAGGAUCAAUGUCUAUUACAACGAGGCCUCUGGCGGAAGGUACGUUCCUAGAGCCGUGCUUAUGGAUCUCGAACCUGGAACCAUGGACAGCAUUAGAUCUGGCCCCUACGGCAAGAUCUUCCGCCCUGACAACUUUGUCUUCGGCCAGUCCGGUGCUGGAAACAACUGGGCGAAAGGUCAUUACACCGAAGGCGCUGAGUUGAUCGACUCCGUUCUCGAUGUCGUUCGCAAGGAGGCUGAAAACUGUGAUUGCUUGCAAGGUUUUCAAGUUUGCCACUCUCUUGGAGGAGGCACAGGUUCCGGCAUGGGAACACUAUUGAUAUCAAAGAUUAGGGAGGAAUACCCAGACAGAAUGAUGCUCACUUUCUCUGUUUUCCCAUCUCCUAAGGUUUCUGACACAGUUGUGGAGCCAUACAAUGCCACUUUAUCUGUACACCAACUGGUUGAAAAUGCAGAUGAGUGCAUGGUUCUUGAUAACGAAGCGCUUUAUGACAUUUGCUUUAGGACAUUGAAACUCAGCACCCCUAGCUUUGGUGAUCUCAACCAUCUUAUUUCUGCAACAAUGAGUGGGGUUACAUGUUGUCUGAGGUUUCCUGGACAACUGAACUCUGACCUCAGGAAGCUGGCUGUCAAUCUGAUUCCAUUUCCCCGUCUUCACUUCUUUAUGGUUGGAUUUGCACCUCUCACUUCUCGUGGGUCUCAGCAGUACGUCUCACUUACUGUCCCAGAGCUGACUCAGCAAAUGUGGGAUGCCAAAAAUAUGAUGUGUGCUGCUGAUCCUCGACAUGGCCGAUACUUGACUGCAUCCGCUAUGUUCAGGGGAAAAAUGAGCACCAAAGAGGUGGAUGAACAAAUGAUCAAUGUGCAGAACAAGAACUCGUCAUACUUUGUUGAAUGGAUUCCCAACAAUGUGAAGUCCAGUGUGUGUGAUAUUCCUCCGAAGAAUUUAAAGAUGUCGUCCACUUUUAUUGGGAACUCAACAUCAAUUCAAGAGAUGUUUAGGAGGGUGAGUGAGCAGUUUACUGCUAUGUACAGGCGCAAGGCCUUUUUGCACUGGUACACUGGGGAAGGAAUGGACGAGAUGGAGUUCACUGAGGCAGAGAGCAACAUGAAUGAUUUGGUGGCAGAGUAUCAGCAGUACCAAGAUGCAACUGCAGAUGAGGAUGGAGAAUUUGAUGAAGAAGGUGAUGAGGACCAGUAUGGUGAGCAGUAA